CGAGCCCUAACGCACACACUCUCCCUUCGCACUUUCCCGCCUAGGCCGCGAGUAGUCUCAUCAACUCCAACAAUCACCCGCCGUCGACAACCACCACCACCCCCCUCCCUUCAUUCUUUUCACCCUCCUUCGUCCCCAGCAGCCAAUAUGUCGGACUCUACUGUUGGCCAGACGAAGCAGUUUGGAAAGGGCCAGAGGACCGUGCCGGCCCAGAAGGCCCAGAAAUGGUACCCCGUUGAUGACGAGUCGCAGGUCAAGAAAGUCCGCAAGGCUAUUCGUCCUGCCAAGCUCCGGGAAAGCCUCCAGCCUGGUACUAUCCUGAUCCUCCUCGCCGGUCGCUUCCGUGGCAAGCGUGUUGUUCUCCUCAAGCACCUUGACCAGGGUGUCCUCCUCGUCACCGGACCCUUCAAGAUCAACGGUGUUCCCCUUCGCCGUGUCAACUCCCGCUACGUGAUCGCCACUAGCACCCGCAUCGACAUCAGCGGUGUUGACGCUCAGACCCUCGAGAAGGUCGCUACUCCCGACUACUUCACCAAAGAGAAGAAGGCUGAGAAGAAGACCGAGGAGGCUUUCUUCAAGCAGGGAGAAAAGCCCGAGAAGAAGAAGGUUGCCAGCGCCCGUGCCAGCGACCAGAAGGCCAUCGACCAGUCCAUCCUGGCCUCCGUCAAGAAGGAGAACUUCCUUGGUAGCUACCUCGCCAGCACUUUCAGCCUCCGGAACGGUGACAAGCCCCACGAGAUGAAGUGGUAAGCGUGUGACGCGGCGGCCGCGGGUUCGGUAGUUAUUGUGGAGGACUUCUGUGAGGGGCG